AUGGCAUUAAAACGGUUCUUUUCAUUGGAAGAACGAUUUAAGAAGAAUCCAGCACUAAAGCAAGAGUAUGUGAACUUUAUGCAAGAGUAUAUCAAGCUGGGUCACAUGAAAGAAGUAAAUGAGAAACCAAAGACAAAGGUAUAUUAUUUGCCGCAUCAUGCAGUUAUUAAAGAAGACAGCACGACAACAAAACUUCGAAUGGUGUUUGAUGCGUCCGCGAAAACGACAUCAGGACAAUCACUGAACAGUAUUAUGAUGACAGGUCCUACAUUACAAAAGGAUUUAUUCAUUCUAUUAUUGCAGUGGAGAAUGUUUAAAAUAGUUUUUAAGGCUGACAUUGAAAAAAUGUAUCGGCAAAUACUGAUUCAUCAUGAUGAUAGAGAUCUUCAACGAAUUUUAAGGAGAAACGAUCAGAAAAAACCAAUAAAAGAAUACAAUUUGAACACGAUUACAUAUGGUACUGCAUCAGCACCAUAUCUUGCCAUCAAGACGUUGUUUAAGCUAGCAGAAGACGAGAGAAUUAAUUAUCCUUUGGCAAGUGAAACCUUAAAUGAAAAAUUUUAUGUAGACGAUUGUUUGGGAGGCGCUAAUACGAUUAAAGAGUGUAAACAAGUACAAGAAGAAUUAAUCCAAUUAUUGCGGAAGGGAGGUUUUAACUUAAGAAAAUGGGCAUCAAACGAACCGGAAAUGUUGACGAAUAUCCAGAUAAAAGACAUUGAACCAGGGUUAGAGAUGCAAUUUAACAACGACCAAGCGAUUAAAAUUUUAGGAAUAAAAUGGUGUCCUAAAUUGGAUCAAUUUGAAUUCAAAAUAAAUACUACGUCAUUCAGCUCAAAAUACACAAAAAGAGCAAUUCUAAGUGAUGCUGGAAAACUAUUCGAUCCAUUUGGUUGGUUGUCACCUGUAACCAUUAAAGCAAAAAUUAUGAUACAAAAAUUGUGGAUGCUAGGAAUUGGUUGGGAUACAGAGAUCCCACCCAAUCUACAGGCGCAAUGGGAAGAAUUUAAAAUGAGAUUACCUGCUGUUCAGAAAAUAACCAUGAAAAGAUGGACACAACAUUCAGAGAAUAGUUUAAUCGAGUUACAUGGAUUUGAAGAUGCGUCAGAAGCAGGAUAUGCUGCAGUUGUAUAUACAAAGGUUAUCAAUGCAGAAAAGGUUACAAUAUCCCUAGUAGCAUCAAAAACCAAAGUUGCGCCUAUUAAGCAAGUAUCAUUAGCCCAAUUGGAGUUAUGCGCAGCUGUGCUAUUGAUAAAAUGGACUACGUUUGUAGCAAACAGAGUAUCGUAUAUUCAGGAUACGUUUAAAGGGCAAUUUAGAUUUGUUCCAGGAAAAGAUAAUCCAGCAGAUAUUCCAUCAAUGGGAGUAUAUGGUGACAAUCUUAUUUCAAAUACAUUAUGGUGGCAUGGUCCAAAUUGGCUAAUAAAAGAUGAAGGAAAUUGGCCAGAAAAUGAUGAAGUAAUUGAUUUGAAUCUUAUUCCGGAAACCAGAAAAACUGCAAUAUGUACCGUCGUGGACAUUACCAAAGAUGAUAAUAUUAUUAAUCGAUUUUCUUCAUUAAACAAACUUCUUCGAGUGACAGCUUAUUGUCUUAGAUUCGUUUAUAAUUAUCAUAAAAAGAAAUCCGAAAGAAAGAUCGACAAUCUGUCGGCAGACGAUAUCGAUGCAGCAGAAAUUUUGUUGGUGAAGCAGGCACAAAAAUGUUUUUCAGAUGACAUCAGACGGCUUAAUCUUCAGAAACAAUUAAUGAAAAGUAAUAAGUUGUGUUCAUUAAACCCAUUUGUUGACAGUGCAGGAGUACUAAGAGUGGGCAGCAGAUUAAGAAAUGCAGAUUUAUCUGACAACCAAAAGUAUCCAAUAAUUUUACAUACAACGAGUACUUUGGCCAAACUCAUAAUCAAUCAGGCGCAUAUUAAUACGAUUCAUGGAGGAUUAAAACUGACGCUAAACUACGUUCGGGAAAAAUUUUGGAUUAUUCGUGGAACAAUCGCUAUGAAAGCUUGCAUCAAUAAAUGUUUAAAAUGUUUUCGAAUAAAGGCAAAAGGACAAUCUCAAUUAAUGGGAAGUUUACCAACACCAAGAGUAAAUUUCUCGAGGCCAUUCACACACUGCGGCAUAGACUAUGCAGGGCCAUUACACAUUAAAUGCUCGCAAUUCAGGGGAAUUAAAACACAUAAGGCGUAUAUAGCUAUUUUUGUAUGUCUGGCAACAAAGGCAAUUCACAUUGAGUUAACUUCAGAUCUGACAUCUCAAGGAUUUUUAGCAGCACUCAAACGAUUGAUAAGCAGACGUGGCUCAGUACAUCAUAUUUAUAGCGACAAUGGUACCAAUUUUACAGGUGCAAACAACAUUUUACAGAAGAUUCAAAUAGAGAAUCAUCUAGCUGAAACAGGUAUACGUUGGCAUUUCAUCCCUCCUGGCUCACCUCACUUUGGUGGUCUCUGGGAAUCGGGAGUAAAAUCCAUUAAAUAUCAUCUAGCUAGAAUUAUAGGUGACCAAAAAUUGACAUACGAGGAAUUGAGUACGGUCUUAAUUCAAAUCGAAUGUUGUCUUAAUUCACGGCCACUCUGUCCAUUAACAGACAACAUUGAAGAUCUUAAUGCACUUACACCAGGACAUUUCAUUGUGGGAUCGUCAUUAAUGACUCCAGCGCAUGAUAGUCUUAUUAACUUUACAGAAACUAGCCUAAAAAGAUGGAAGAUUGUGCAGAAAAUAAAGCAAGACUUUUGUAAACGGUGGUUCCAAGAAUAUAUAAGAAAUAUUCAACAACAGAGAUACAAAUGGACAAAAUCUAUACCAAACUUAGAAGUUGGUCAACUAGUCCUAUUGAAAGACGAAACAUUAAUAUCAUCGACGUGGCCUCUAGGCAGAGUUAUAGAAGUUCAUAAGGGAACAGAUGGCUUAACCCGAGUUGCUACAAUUAAAACCCAAAAGGGGAUAGUAAAACGUACAAUCCAAAAAAUAUGUCUUCUACCAAUCACUGAUAAUGUAAAAGAAGGUCAUAUUCCGUCAAACCAGGAGAAGUUCCCAAAAUUAUUUAAAGAAGCAACAUUAAUCAAAGCAGAAUCAGACACUCAAAAUAUGUUACCAUUUGGAAACACUAUUAGAAAUAAAGAAGUAGUUUCGACAAAGUCUACUGCAGGAGAUCCUAAAACGCGACGACAAUGGUUAUCGGCUAGGCAAUCAAAAUCGACAGUUCUUGCUAUAUUUUUG